AUGGUCCUGGCCUGGUUGUGGCUGCUUUGCCUCUCUGUCCCCCAGGCUGCCCCGGAGGUCCCGCCCGCUGAGCUACAUGUGGAAGUCCCAGAGAACUACGGAGGCAAUCUGCCUUUGUAUCUGGCCAAGUUGCCACUGCCUCACAUGGAAGUUGGAGGGCAGAUCAUGCUGGCAGCUGAUCUGGGUGUGGCAGCUGAAAGCCCCUUUGCGGUGGAGGCCGAGUCUGGUUUCCUGCUGGUGACCAGGGUCCUGGACCGAGAGGAGCAGGCAGAGUACCGACUGCAGGUGACCCUGGAGGCUGAGGAUAGGCGUGUCCUGUGGGGUCCACAGCCUAUGACAGUGCGUGUGAAGGAUGAGAAUGACCAGGUGCCCCGGUUCUCCCAGGCCAGCUAUGCAGCUCAGUUGAGCCAGGGCACCAGGCCUGGUGUUCCCUUCCUCUUCCUCGAGGCUUCAGACGGAGACGAGCCAGGCACGGCCAACUCGGAUCUUAGAUUCCACAUCCUGAGCCAGACCCCGGCCCAGCCUUCUUCAGAUGUGUUCCAGUUGGACCCUCGCCUGGGGGCUCUGGCCCUGCGCUGGGAGGGGAGCGCUGGCCUAGACCAUGCCCUGGAGGGCUCCUACCAGCUCUUGGUACAGGUCAAAGACAUGGGUGACCAGGCCUCAGGCCACCAGGCCACUGCCACAGUAAAGAUCUCUGUGGUGGAGAACACCUGGACGCCCCUAGAGCCGGUCCACCUGGCCGAGAACCUCAAAGUCCCAUACCCACACCAUCUGGCCCAGGUCCACUGGAGUGGGGAUGCUGUGAGCUACCACUUGGAGAGCCAUCCCCCAGGGCCCUUUGAUGUGGACAUGGAAGGGAAGCUCUAUGUGACCAGCGAGUUGGACCGAGAAGUCCAGGCAGAGUACCUGCUCCAGGUGCAGGCUCAGAAUUCCCACGGGGAGGACUACACGGAGCCCCUGGAGCUACAGGUGGUGGUGAUGGAUGAGAAUGAUAACGCACCUGUCUGCCCCCUGCCAGGCCCGCCAAUCAGCAUCUCUGAGCUCAGUCCCCCAGGCACUGUAGUGACCACGCUGUCAGCGGAGGACGCGGAUGCCCCUGGCUCCCCCAAUUCCCACAUUGUGUAUCAGCUGCUGAGCCCUGAGCCGGAGGAGGGAGCCAGGGGCAGAGCCUUCCAGCUGGACCCUGCUUCAGGCAGCCUGAGCCUGGGAGAUGUCCAACUCCAGGCUGGCCAGAACCUCCUUCUGCAGGUGCUGGCCAUUGACCUGGCCGGAGCAGAGGAGGGCCUCAACAGCACGUGUGAGGUGGAGGUGAAGGUCACAGACGUCAACGACCACGCUCCUGAGUUCACCACUUCCCAGAUUGGGCCUGUAAACCUCCCUGAGGACACGGAGCCCGGGACUCUGGUGGCCACACUCACAGCCACUGAUGCUGAUCUUGAGCCUGACUUCCGUCGCAUGGACUUCGCCAUUGAGGCAGGGGAUGCAGAUGGGACCUUUGGUCUGGAUUGGGAGCCAGAUUCAGACCAUGUCCAACUCCUCCUCCGCAAGAACCUCAGCUAUGAGGCCGCUCCAAGCCACACAGUGGUGGUGGUGGUGAGGAACGUGAUGGAGCUGGUGGGCCCGAGCCCAGCUCCUGCAUCCACGGCCACCGUGACUGUGCUGGUGCAGAAGGCAGCGCCACCGCCCAGGUUGGAACAGGAGAGCUAUGAGGCCAAUGUCCCAGUCAACACCCCAGCCGGCUCCUUCCUGCUCACCAUCCAGCCCGUAGAGGCCUGGAGCAAGGCCCUCAGGUUCUCCCUGGUCAAUGACUCAGAGGGCUGGCUCUGUAUCCAGAAAGUCUCUGGGCAGGUGCACACAGCCCGCUCACUGCAGGGCGCCCAGCCUGGGGGCUCCUACACAGUGCUGGUGGUGGCCCAGGAUGCAGAGGAACCAAGGUUGAGGGCUUCUGCUGCUCUGGUGAUCCACUUCCUGAAUGCCCCUCCGGCCCGGGCCAUGCCACUGAGCCCCAUGCUCACCCGGCACCUCUGCACGCCCCGCCAGGACCAGGGCGUGCUCGUCAGCGGCCCUGGAGAGGACCCCAACGUGGCUUCUGGGCACAGUCUCUACAGCUUUGCCCUUGGUCCCAAUCCUACGGUGCAGCGUGACUGGCGACUCCGACCCCUCAACGGUUCCCACGCCUUUCUCACCCUGGCCCUGCACUGGGUGGAGCCAGGUGAGCACAUGGUCCCUGUCGUUGUCAGCCAUGAUACCCAGGUGUGGCAGUUCUCUGUACCAGUGGUAGUAUGUCGCUGCAACACGGAGGGGCAGUGCAUGCGCAAGGUGGGCCGCAUGAAGGGCAUGCCCACCAAGGUGUCGGCCGUGGGCAUCCUCGUGGGCACCCUGGCUGCCAUAGGCUUCUUCCUCAUCCUCAUCUUCACCCACAUGGCACUGGCAAGGAAGAAGGACCUGGACCAGCCGGCAGACAGUGUGCCCCUGAAGGCAGCAGUCUGA